UCGAAAAAACAUGUUGCAGACACCUAACUUACAUUAACAGAAUAUUACUCUAAGAAGCAACAAUGUUUCGACCACAGGAAACAGCCAAAUGAUAACAUCUGGGUCGUCAUGGCAACAAGAAACGAACGGGAAGUCAGCGCCCAUUACAAAAAUCGUUGCCCAAAACAACCAGUAAGCAGACCGUUGUUUCUUCAACACUUAAAUGAUUCUUUAGUUAAUCACUUUUCUCUCUAUUAGCAUCCAUGGGUAAAACCAGCUCAAAACGCGGCGAACCAAGAAUUGAAAAACAAAUAAUUUUUAAGUCAAAGGGCGGAGAUGUGUUCAGGAUUCCUGCCAUUUACUACAACGAAAAUGAGAAAAGGUUGUUUGCCUUUGCAGAGAAGCGGAAAUCCAGAGACGAAUCUGACGCGGUGGCGCUGGUCAUGAGAAAAGGGAAAGUGAACAUUAACUCGGAAGUGAAGUGGUCAAAGCCUAAAGUACUAAUGAGGAAGUGCUCCUGUGGAUAUCGUCCGAUGAACCCCUGCGUUGUGUAUGAAAACCACACAGAGACACUGUUCCUUUUCUUCAUCUAUGUCAUUGAGACAGAGUUAUGGCAGAUAGAGCAUCACCUCAACAUGGCCCGUCUGUGCUACAUCACAAAGAAGAAGAGUGGCAACAAGUGGAGUGAAGUCACUGAUCUGACCGACGUGCUGCCUGAGAUUAAUAGCUGGUCCACGUUUGGUGUUGGACCGGGCCACGGCAUUCAAACUGAGAGUGGCAGAAUGAUUGUUCCAGCUUAUGCUUACACAGGCCCAGAAGACAAAGAACCGAUUCCACAUGCAUUCUGCUUUUAUAGUGAUGAUUAUGGUAGCACAUGGAAAUGUGAGGAAAUGCUGUCUAAAGCAUCAAUGGAAUGUCAGAUGACUGAGAUUUUGGAUAGCAGCAGCAAAGACAGCUUGAUCUACUGCAAUGCUCGCACUUUUGGAGGCCAUCGAGUCCAAGCUAAGAUAGAUAAGACUGGUUUCCAUACACUCACAACUGUUACACCCCUUGAGGAACUAAAUGCAGGUUGCCAUGGGAGUGUGAUUUCCUUCCCAGCUCAGUCUGGAGAUGAAGACCCCAGUCAGGAAAAGUGGCUACUUUUUUCACACCCAACAAAACAGAAGUCAGAUUGGGAAAGUCUUCAUUUGGGAGUGUAUCUGAGCACUUCCCCAGUGAGAUCAGUUGAAAAUUUUAAUCUGGUAUGGAGCCAACCCUGGGUCAUUAACAAGGGACCCAGUGGUUACUCUGACCUGACCUACAUUGAAGAUGGCUGGUUUGCAUGUCUGAUGGAGUGUGGAGAGAAAACUGCUACUGAAGAGAUAGCAUGUCAGGUGUUCAGCUAUGACGAGAUCCUGAAGGGCAUUCCAGAUUUCCGAACUUGAAAAAAUUGUAUCAUCAUUAUUCAAUAGAAGAAUAUUUUGUGUGGUGUAAUUGGUGAUGUUUGCUAACUGUGCAAUGUAGACCUCAGGUUGAAUUGCUAUUAAACAUUCUUUUGACAAAUCGCA